AUGUGCCCCCCCCCCGUGGGGUGCCCCCCAAGCCCUGACAGGCCCCCCCAGGUGCCCUACCAGCCCUCCAGCCCCCGGCAGGUGAGGAACGCUCUGGCUCUGCUGCGGGAGCGCCCGGGCAAGACGGUGGACUUGGGCUCAGGAGAUGGACGGCUGGUGGUCGAGGCUUAUAAGCAAGGUCUGAGACCUGCUGUUGGCUACGAGCUCAACCCCUGGCUGCUGUGGCUCUCCAGCUACAGGGCCUGGAAGGCUGGAUGCCAUGGGAAGGUGUCCUUCCUGAAGCAAGAUCUGUGGAAGGUGAAUCUUUCCGACUGCUACAACGUGAUCGUGUUCCUGGCCCCCAGUGUGAAACCUCCCCUAGCUGCCAAGCUCCUUGCAGAACUCCCUGAUGAAGCCCGGGUGGUGGCUGGACGCUUCCCCUUCCCCUCCUGGCCCCCCAGCAGCACCCUUGGCCAGGGGCUGGAGCAGGUCUGGGCCUAUGACAUGAAGGAGGUGCGAGCAGCUCAGAGCCACCCCAAGGGGACCCCCUGCUAAUGACAGCAGCCUCCCGAGGGCUGGCAUUCAGGGGCAGCAGCAGGAUGGGGGGGACACACACACACACACAGAGCCUCUCCAGCCCUUGGGAGCUCCUUGGCUUCUCCCCAGGGAUUGCAGGGUGAGGGUCCCUCCUUGUGUCCCCCAGAGCAGGAGAAGUGAGGGAGGGGGGGAAAAAAAAAAAUCACCCUGGGAUGAUUGAAGGGCUCAAUCUCCAGUGCCUCUUUCUGCCCGUUGGCUACUUUAUUUCUAGGUACAUUUUGUUUUCAAAAUAAAUGUUUGGAUGGUUCUUUCCCCUGA